AACGGAUUAUCUUAAUAUAAAAGCAAUUUAAUGUCAAUGUAAAAUCUUGCUAAAUUAUAAACUCUUUUUAUUUUAAAUUUUAUUUUUAUUGAGAAUUCACAAUUUAACUUAAAUAAAAAUUAAAAAAAGAAAUGUCAACUAUUACCAACGAUAUCAAAAAGUUAAUAAAUUUUAAGUACAAGUCAAGAAACGACUCGAUAACAGAUCAGUUUAAUCGAGUAUUGAUGAUGAAAAUAAUGCUUAUUGGUGCAUUUUUGACUGGAAUGAGCUGGUACAAGGAUGAAAUUAAAUGUCUUGCUCCGAAAACGCCAAACGAUCACAUAAAAUUAUUUUCUUCACAAGCGUGCUGGAUUAACGGAUUUUACAUCUAUAAAGAGCUAAAAACAAAGAGCAACUUUUUUGGCUAUUAUGGUGUACCAAUUGACAUGAACCACAAUGGAACAACAUUGAGUAACGAAACAUGCGUGGCAUUAGGUGGCCUAUCGAAGCGAUGUAAGCCAAUGACUAAACUUUUCUAUCUUCAAUUUCAAUGGUUUCCAUUCUUUCUUGGAAUUCUUGCUUUGUCUUUUUAUCUUCCGUAUUUACUAUUCCGAUAUGUGAAUAGCGAUCUUUUAUCGUUAAAAAACGCAAUCAAACCUCAACAACCAAAAUUUGACGAAGUUAUUCGAAUUUAUUUUAAUCGUAAUGUAAACACACUCGCAAGACAGCAUUCAAAAAUUGCACUCAAUAUUGUCGUUAAAGUUGGUUAUAUUCUUGUUAACGUAUUUGCAUUUGUAUUUACCAAUUCAUUGUUGCAUGGAGAAUUUCAAAGUUUUGGCUUAAAAUGGUUUGCGUGGAUCAGGCUAAGUAACAGUAAAAAGUAAGAAAAUUUUAUUACUU